AUGGCCAAAAUCAACUUCGCUGCAACAAGGGUCGGGGAACAUUCCAACGUGCUGAAAUUCAUCGGCGCAGUCGUUGAUAAUGAUGCGUUGGGGCCGGUGGUGGUGUUGGAGUACUGUGAAAAUGGUCCGCUGGACAAGUGGCUGACCUCUAGACAGGACAAAGUGAAUCUUGAAGUUCUGGAGCAGAUUCAGACAUUUGUCUUAGGCAUUGCUCGGGGUAUGGAGUAUCUCGUUAGUAAAGAGGUUGUCCAUCGCAAACUGGCUGCUCGCAACUGCCUCUUGACAAGCACAAAUGAAGUGAAGGUCAGUGGAUUCGGACCAAGUCGCAUGGAAGACGCCAGUGCGGAUGAUGCCUCCAAAGGGGAUCGAAUCCCUGUGAAGUGGACGGCGCCAGAAUGUCUUCAGUCUCUGAAGGGAGCCAAUGAGAAGAGUGACGUCUGGUCCUUUGGGGUGACUAUGUGGGAAAUCCUCAGCAUGGGCCAGAUCCCUUACGGUGAAAUGAGGAGCCGAGACCUGCCGACCCAGCUUAAGAAUGGUUACAGACUCUCGAAGCCGGAAUACGCUGAAGACGUCCACUACAGUCUGAUGCAAAGCUGCUGGAAAGAGAAACCAGAGGCCCGGACUACUUUCGCGGAUGCAGUGGGGAAACUGGAGGCCUCAUUCGGUCUGAGACCCACUUCCGGAAUGAUGUAUUACUACUCGAAAUAGUCGACCUCUUGGGCAGCGUUUUGACUACAGUGUUU